CCAGACCCAAAUAACUAAAAUCUAAAUUCCUAUUUACACACUCUAGCGUUGUAAUUAUAUUUGUCAUAAAUUGAUAUAAUAUCACCCUCUUGUUGCAAUUAACAAAUUUAGUUGUUUGCCAUUUUCCUGUUUCCUGUAAUCAAGCCUUCUAAUAAACAUUUCAGUAUCAUUUUUGCAGUGUGACUACAGAUACUUAUGGUCAGGCUGCUUCAAAUUUAGUUGCUGGUAGUAGUCUUGAGCAGACUAUUCAGCAAAUUAUGGACCUGGGUGGUGGCAGUUGGGACAGAGAUACAGUUAGUCGUGCUCUUCGAGCAGCUUACAAUAACCCAAAGCGUGCUGUAGAUUAUUUAUAUUCUGUAUUCCUUAAGUGCUCAUUGUAGAAUCUAACUGCUUAAAUUUUCUGCUGCAUCUUUUGCAAUUUAGCAAUUAUUUAUGUACUUUUUGUUUGCAGAGAAUUCCUGAAGCAGCAGAAAUUGCUGUGCCAGCUGCUCCUUACCCAAUCAGUCAAACAACGGAAACAGGUGGGGUCACCGCCGGGGCUGUUUCUGGGGUCCGGUCCCUAACUCAUCUCCGUUGAAUAUGUCUCCACAGGAAACAAUUUCUGGUGCUGGAGCUGGAAUUGGAUCCCUUGAGCUUUAUAAGAAAUGCCAAGACAUAAAGCAAAAAUAUUUGUUGUUGGAGCAUUCUCGUCUGUUACAAUUAUUUUAUGGUUUAUAUGAUUGGAUUGGAGCUAUUUGGAAAUGUAUGAUGAAUAUGCAUAUGCCUAGUCAAUAUACUGCAGGGUUAGCACAUAGAACAAUUGACAAUUUAGUACUGCAAUUGAUUUGUUAUUCUUCUUUCGCUUCAAACUUUAAUAGUUUUUAAGUAGCUGUUUUUAUCAGCAUUUUUAGUUUCAAGCAUUACGCUCAAUGGUGCAAUCCAAUCCACAAAUUCUGCAGCCUGUACUUCAGGAACUUGGAAAGCAGAAUCUUAGUCUCUCAAGACUUAUUCAAGAGCAUCAUGGUGAAUUUCUCCAGUUGAUUAACGAUCCUGUUGAGGGUUCUGAAGGUGAUAUAUUUGAUCAACCUGAGCAAGAUAUGCCUCAUGCUAUCAAUGUGACGCCAGCGGAGCAGGUGGCAAUUGGAAGGCUUGAGGCUAUGGGAUUUGAUAGAGCCUCAGUCAUCGAGGCAUGUGACCGUGACGAGCAAUUGGCAGCCAACUACUUACUGGAAAAUGCUGGAGAUUUUGAGGAUUAAAUCACUAGCCCACAUUGAUUAGUAGUUUUGUUUGGGGCUUUAUUUUUACUUUUUUUGUUGGGGACGCUUAAUAAUGUGUCUUGGCAAAUUUAAGUGGGUAGAGUUUUGGAUUUGGUUUGACGUAUUUAACUGAGACAAUGACUAUGAUUACAAAAUAUUCUGUUUUUA